AUGCUGACGAAAGAGUGGCUUUGGAAUCCCGGAAACCUGCGACUCUGGUUUCGAGGCCGAGGUUCUCCUUUUCCCGGACAGGCGAAGUCAGCCAUUGCUUUCAUGAAGACUGCAACUGCGGGUUUCAAGGAUUUCCUCAGCGUUCGCCAAUUGCGAUCCUUAGUGGAAGAAAUAUUGCGUGAAGCCGAACCAUGUCCUCCACCGAUCGAAAUCAAGCCCGCUAAUGACGAAUUGUGCUUCCAACUUCCGAAACCACCAAAACCCCCAGUUCCGGAAUGGAAAAUAAAAUGCGCGGAAACCGCGAGAUACAACGAAAUAACGAAGGACGUUGAACAACUGAUCUCGGAAAGUGGAAAACUGAGAGCUCAUCUGAAGGAGCAAAAAUGUUCCUCCAUGGGACGAUUGCUUUAUCCUGACAAAAUCGAGGCGAACCUCGGCGAAGCCAUUCAAAUGGCAAGAGAUGGAGUCACAUUCAACGACUGGGAAAUUCGUCAACUGGAUGAGCUGCUUGACGUUCUCACGCUUGCGUCGAUCGACUCCAAAACGCGGUCUUCGAAAAUGCCAUCCGUAAUCAUGCAAAUCAAGGAAUGCACAGCCGUGAGACGAUCAGCUAUGCUAGAAUUGACGAGUUCCGUUGGAGAAAUGAGCGGAAUGCUCGACAUUUGCGUC